CUCCUCUACCCACGUGUUGCCCGUGGGCCAAACGGCCCGCUAUACCUGCCACGCAGGCGGCACGCCGGAGCCCACAGUAGAGUGGCUCCACAACGGCAGGCCCCUGGUGAGGGACGGCACAGACGACCAAUCAGAGGCCUGGGUGGAGAGGGGCUUCCUCUUCGUCAGAGGGCGGAGGUACGGCGUGAACACGGUCUGCUGCAUGGCGAGCAACAGCGCUGGCACGGCCAAUCACAGCGCUGAGCUGCUUGUCUUUGAUGUCUGUGAACUCACACUGGACCCCAACACGGCCUACAGACAACUCUCUCUGUCUGAGGACAACAGGACGGUGACGCUGGUUAGAGAGGACCAGUCGUAUCCGGAUCACCCAGAAAGAUUUGACCCCUGGCCCCAGGUGUUGGGUAGAGAGGCUCUGACUGGCCGCUGUUACUGGGAGGUAGAGUGGGAAGGAUGGGUUGUUAUAGGAGUGACAUACAGAGGAAUCGCAAGGAGAGGAGAGGCUGAUGACUGCCUGCUUGGACGGAACAACAAGUCCUGGAGCCUUUAUUGUCGUGAUGAACGUUACUCUGCCGGGUACAACGGUAGAGGGACAGUCCUCCCUCUCCGCCCCGCUGGCUCCACCAGAGUAGGAGUGUAUCUGGACCGGCCUGCUGGCUCUCUGUCCUUCUACAGAGUGUCCCCAGGUGGAGGAGGGUCCUCAGACACACUGACACACCUCCACACCUCCUGGUCCUCCUUCACCCAGGAGGACCUCCUCCCGGGGCUCUGGACUCCAGACCUGCCAUGGAGAGACGGCCAGGAGCUCCAUGAGCAGGUGGACCCCGGGGAGGUCCUCCCCAACCACGACGGGACCUUCCAGGUCAGCGUGGACCUGGACCUCACGGCCGUCCCACAGGAGGACUGGGGGAGGUACGAGUGUGUGGUCCAGCUGAAAGGCAUCGAGGACAUCCCCACCCCCUGGACCCCGCCCUCAUCAGGACCAACGGGGGUAAGACUGGUGUUGGAGGGGAUGGAUGUGGGGCCCACAUGUCUCACCAUCUCCACCUGA